AUGGAGCGACUGGAUUGGCUUGUUUCAAAGGGUGCUGAUCCAUAUCAAAAAGUGCCUGGGGCCAGUGCAACUGUAGCACAUCACCUCGGGGCGAGAAUGGUGGACGAUUUGGAUCUCAGAUUCGGUGCCACUCGCAUUGGUCGCGAAUUUGAUCCCCAGGAGUUUGAUCGAGAUUGGAAGCAGAAUGUUUUGAAGUUCGGCAAGUCUUUCUUCCUCCUUCCCUCUGUUCGGGAUGAAUGUGUUUGCGCGUGCUCUCCUAGUGGUUGUACUACAAUGUCGAUAGUGCUGCGAUAUGUUCUUGGUCGUAUCCCCGCUCGCGAGAUGGAAGAACCCAGACUGUGGUUCCGAGAGUUAAUCCAAUUUCUCCUUUGGUGGACUGAAGGAGAUAUAGAAACUGGCUGGGAGGUUAUUCGAUAUCUGACCUUUGAUGCAUUGGGUCUGAAACAUUCAUGUUGCAUCGAAAAAUACAUUACUCCCAGUUGUGUUCUCGUAUUUCGAAGCAGAGAAGAAGAAGAAGUUGAAGAGAUUCGCGACGAAGAAAGCCUCAGAAUAACGGAACUUGAACAACUUCUCGACAAACUCAGAAUCAAGUUUGACAAUCUUGGCCAACCUGUGAUGAAUUUUUUGGAAGGAUACUGGUACACCUACAUUAUCGAUCAUCUCUCUCAGCGCGAUCCUUACGACGAGGAGCAUAUCAUUGAAACAAAACGAAUUGGGGUCGAGCUAGAGCCGGAAGAGUUUGUUAUUCCUCACAGGAUAUCUCUGCUUAUUCGCCCAAAGAUCAUGUUUGAAGACAGUACAUAG